AUGGCCCCUUCACUCUCUCGCCAUCUGCUUGCGUUCUGCUUGUUCAUCCUUUUCUUUCUGAGUCCGUUUCAAAUCCGCGCCGAUGACGUUCUCGAGGAGCAAAACCUCGAGGAGCGCGACGCUCAAGUCAUUGCUGUGACGGUGUACCAAGGUGGGAAUGGCCGUCAGACCAAUCAACAGUGGCCAACGCUCCGCCCCGGCGGAGGAAAUGCCGGGAAUGGGGGAAAUGGCGCAACUGUUACAGUCACUGGUAGACGCCCAGUGACCGUGUCUGCCGGAGGUCGUCGAACCACGCGUACGGUAACGGUUGGGCCUGUUACUACGCGUCCCACCACGACAAGAGGAGGAGGCGGAAUCACUACCCGUCCGAUUACAACAAAACCGACCACCAAAGCCGACCCUCAGACAUCGCCAAUCCCUGGGCGAGGCAACAGCUGCCUCUCCACUUUCCUAGUGAUCGCCCGGCAUGCCGCCGAUGCAUACCAAGGCUACGCUCGCCUUCAAGCGUACGGCAUCCCUUACCGAGUGGUCUACGUUGGCUCCGGCAGUGUCACACUUCCCGCCCUAGCGAACGGAAAUCAGGGCAACUUUGGCGGCAUCGUCGUCGUAAGCGAGGUCCGAAACGAUGAUUCAAACGAUGGGUCCAGUGCCUUGAAGCCGGAACAGUGGCAACAGCUCUACGAUUACCAGGUCAAGUUCGGUGUCCGUAUGACUCGUCUGGAUGCCUAUCCGGUGGAGGAAUUCGGCGUAACAGAUGCGCAUACUGGGGAUGGGUGUUGCGAGGACACGGUCGAGCAGCUGCUCACUGUCACUGAUUUCACUGGUUUCGAAGGCGUCAACUUCAAGAAAGGCGCCACGGUUUCGACGAAGGGAUUGUGGCAUUACCCUUCCAGGAUCAUCGACCCGAGCAUCGCACGAGAAAUUGCCCGUUUUGCACCGUCAGGGAUAUUCAAGGAGCAGACCACGGCAGCAAUCAUCAAUAACAUCAACGGCCGAGAGCAGAUUGUCUUCUUCACCGCAUGGGCGACCGACGCCCUAGUGACGUCUGCGUAUCUGGACCACGUCUGGGUUCAGUGGGCGACCCGGGGACUUUACACCGGAAUUCGCCGACUGAAUUUCGGUACCCAAGUCGACGAUGUUUUCCUCCAGACGACCCUCUUCCAGCCGAAUACUGUCAACUUCCGUCUUCGACCUGCGGAUCUAGAGGCUCACGUUGCGUGGACCCGUCAGAUCCAAGGGAAGAUGCCUCGCGGCUCGGAAUACUUCAUUGAGCUCGGUCACAACGGCAACGGGGCCAUCGAAAAUGGCAUCAAGAAUGAUCCAGCUGGUGGGGCAUGUGUACCGCCGAGCGCCAUCUACUAUUCGUCUACACCUGCAGAGUUCGCUGAUCAGGAGUACAAGAAGCCUGCAGGGUCGGGAACGAACGUUUGGCCGACAAGCCCAGCGGAGUACUCCUGGAGCGACGCCUGCAUAAAUCUUGACCCAUUGGCGGUUUGGCUGAAGAAUCCUACCAAUCGCGAUGCAUUCGCACAUGUCUCUCACACAUUUACUCAUCAAUCGUUGAACGGUGCAACUUACGAAGAUGCAAACAAGGAGAUCAAAUUCAACAUUGGAUUCCUGGACGCCAUCGGAUUCUCAGCUGCAAAGCAUUUUUCUGGGAAGGGCCUGAUCCCGCCGGGUAUUACUGGUUUUCACAACCCUGACGUCUUAAGAGCGUGGAGUGAUAACGGCCUGCAAAACGGCGUUGGAGACAACAGCAGAUCGGCAUUACUAAACCAUGAAAAUGAAUUCUGGCCAUUGGUCACCAAUCAAUCUGCCAAUGGAUUCGAUGGAUACCAGAUCACCCCACGAUGGGUGUCGAACAUCUUCUACAACUGCGAUGCGAUCGACUGCAACGUUGCGGAGUGGCGCUCAUCCUACGGCGUCAACGGCAACGCCGCGGCCCUGUUCGAGGAUGAGCGGGAUGUGAACACCCGAAGCAUACUGGGACUGCACCAUGACGCCUACAUGUUCCAUCAAGCCAACAUGCGCGUGUCGGACUUGCCGAACCAAAGCACUGGCACGGUCAGCGGCAAGUACUCCCUGCUUCAGUUCUGGGUGGAAACGGUCGUCGGAGAAGUGGUCAGGCUGGUGGAUUGGCCGCUGCUCACGCUGAAACACGAUGAUCUAGCUGUAUCGUUCGCGGAUCGCAUGGCCCGGGACCGGUGUAAUCCGAAUAUCGCCUGGAACUAUUCUAGCGACGGGUCGCAAAUUGUCGGGGCCACGCUCACGACCACCGGGAACCGUUGCGGCAAGCCUCUUCCAGUGACGUUCCCCGGCCCUGUGACUUCCAAUAACGGAGGUAGAGCUGAACAAAUUGGUUCCGACCCGCUCACCGUUUGGGUUACCAUAAAUGGGUCCCCAGUGACAUUCACUCUUCGAACACCCGUCAAGGUUUAG